GAGGAGUCCUCUGGUGCGUCCCUGCCCACCAUGGCCAAACCAACAAGCAAAGAUUCAGGCUUGAAGGAGAAGUUCAAGAUUCUGUUGGGACUGGGAACGCCAAGGCCAAAUCCCAGGUCUGCCGAGGGCAAACAGACGGAGUUUAUCAUCACGGCGGACAUCCUGAGGGAGCUGAGUGUGGAAUGUGGCCUCAACAAUCGCAUCCGGGUAAUUGGACAGAUCUGUGAAGUUGCAAAAACUAAGAAAUUUGAAGAGCAUGCAGUGGAAGCACUCUGGAAGGCAGUUGCAGACUUGUUGCAGCCCGAGCGGCCGCCAGAGGCCCGGCACGCGGUACUGGCGCUGCUGAAGGCCAUUGUGCAAGGGCAGGGUGACCGCUUGGGGGUCCUCCGAGCCCUGUUCUUUAAGGUCAUCAAGGAUUAUCCUUCCAACGAAGACCUCCAUGAAAGGCUGGAAGUGUUUAAAGCCCUAACGGACAACGGGAGGCACAUCACCUACUUGGAGGAAGAGCUGGCUGAGUUUGUUCUGCAGUGGAUGGAUGUUGGCUUGUCCUCAGAAUUCCUUCUGGUGCUCGUGAACUUGGUCAAAUUUAACAGCUGUUACCUUGAUGAAUACAUCGCAUCAAUGGUUCACAUGAUCUGUCUGCUGUGCAUCCGGACUGUGUCCUCUGUGGACAUAGAGGUCUCCCUGCAAGUGCUGGAUGCCGUGGUCUGCUACAACUGCCUGCCGGCCGAGAGCCUCCCUCUGUUCAUUGUCACCCUCUGUCGCACCAUCAAUGUCAAGGAGCUCUGUGAGCCUUGCUGGAAGCUGAUGCGCAACCUCCUGGGCACCCACCUGGGCCACAGCGCCAUCUAUCACAUGUGCCGCAUCAUGGAGGACAGAGCCUACAUGGAAGAUGCCCCGCUGCUGAGAGGAGCUGUGUUCUUUGUGGGCAUGGCUCUCUGGGGAGCCCACCGACUCUAUUCUCUCAAGAACUCACCGACGUCUGUGCUGCCGUCGUUCUAUCAGGCCAUGACCUGUCCAAACGAGGUGGUGUCCUAUGAGAUUGUCCUGUCCGUAACCAGACUCAUCAAAAAGUACAGGAAGGAGCUCCAGGCUGUGACGUGGGACAUUCUGCUCAACAUCAUUGAACGGCUACUUCAGCAGCUCCAGAGCCUGGACAGCCCAGAGCUCAAGGCCGUUGUCCAUGACCUGCUGACUACAGUGGAGGAGCUGUGUGACCAGAAUGAGUUCCAUGGCUCCCAGGAGAGAUACUUCGAGCUGGUGGAGAGAUGUGCGGACCAGAGGCCUGAGUCUUCCCUCUUAAACCUAAUAUCGUACAGAGCUCAGUCAAUUCACCCGGCGAAGGAUGGCUGGAUUCAGAACCUGCAGUUACUGAUGGAGCGAUUCUUCAGGAGCGAGUCUCGUGGCGCCGUGCGCAUCAAGGUGCUGGAUGUGCUGUCCUUCGUGCUGCUCAUCAACAGGCAGUUCUAUGAGGAGGAGUUGAUUAACUCAGUGGUCAUCUCCCAGCUGUCCCACAUCCCUGAAGACAAAGACCCCCAGGUCCGAAAACUGGCCACCCAGCUGCUGGUAGACCUGGCAGAAGGCUGCCACACCCACCAUUUCAACAGCCUGCUGGACAUCAUCGAGAAAGUGAUGGCUCACUCCUUGUCUCCACCCCCUGAGCUGGAAGAAAGGGACGUUGCUGCCUACUCAGCCUCCUUGGAGGAUGUGAAGACUGCCGUCCUGGGGCUCCUGGUCAUCCUUCAGACCAAGCUGUAUGCCCUGCCUGCAAGCCAUGCCAUGCGCGUGUAUGAGACACUGGUCAGCCACAUCCAGCUCCACUACAAGUACAACUACACGCUGCCCAUCGCCAGCAGCAUUCGGCUGCAGGCCUUCGACUUCCUGCUGCUUCUGCGGGCCGACUCACUGCACCGCCUUGGCCUGCCCAACAAGGAUGGGGUCGUGAGGUUCAGCCCCUACUGCGUCUGUGACUGCCUGGAGUCGGACAGAGGACCUGAGAAGAAGGCCAGUGGCCCCCUCUCACCCCCUACAGGGUCGCCCGGCCCGGUGCCCACAGGCCCCUCUGUGCGACUUGGCUCUCUGCCCUACUCCCUGCUCUUCCGCGUCCUGCUGCAGUGUUUGAAGCAGGAGACUGACUGGAAGGUGCUGAAGCUGGUCCUCAGCAAGCUGCCUGAGUCCCUGCGCUACAAGGUCCUCAUCUUUACCUCCCCAUGCAGCGUGGACCAGCUAUCCUCCGCCCUCUGCUCUAUGCUUUCAGGCCCAAAGACCCUUGAGCGACUCCGAGGCACCCCAGAAGGGUUCUCCAGAACUGACCUGCAUUUGGCUGUGGUUCCAGUCCUGACGGCAUUAAUCUCUUACCACAUAUACUUAGACAAAACCAAACAGCGUGAGCUGGUAUACUGUCUGGAGCAGGGUCUCAUCUACCGCUGUGCUAGCCAGUGCGUGGUGGCCCUGGCUAUCUGCAGUGUGGAGAUGCCCGACAUCAUCAUCAAGGCGCUGCCUGUCCUGGUCGUGAAGCUCACGCACAUCUCGGCCACAGCCAGCAUGGCGGUCCCGCUCCUGGAGUUCCUGUCCACGCUGGCCAGGCUGCCACAUCUCUACAGGAACUUUGCUGCGGAGCAGUAUGCAAGCGUGUUUGCCAUCUCCCUGCCGUACACCAAUCCCUCCAAAUUCAACCAGUACAUCGUGUGCCUGGCCCACCACGUCAUAGCCAUGUGGUUCAUCAGGUGCCGCCUACCCUUCCGGAAGGAUUUUGUCCCUUACAUCACUAAGGGCCUACGCUCCAAUGUCCUCCUGUCUUUCGAUGACACCCCCGAGAAGGACAGCUUCAGAGCGCGGAGCACCAGUCUCAAUGAGCGACCCAGAAGUCUGAGGAUAGCCAGACCCCCCAAACAAGGCUUGAAUAACUCUCCACCCGUGAAAGAAUUCAAGGAGAGCUCUGCAGCCGAGGCCUUCCGGUGCCGCAGCAUCAGUGUGUCUGAACAUGUGGUCCGCAGCAGGAUACAGACGUCUCUCACCAGUGCCAGCCUAGGGUCUGCGGAUGAGAACUCUAUGGCCCAGGCUGAUGACAGCUUGAAGAAUCUCCAUCUGGAGCUCACAGAAACAUGUCUGGACAUGAUGGCCCGAUACGUGUUCUCCAACUUCACCGCAGUCCCCAAGAGGUCUCCCGUGGGAGAGUUCCUCCUGGCAGGCGGCAGGACCAAAACCUGGCUGGUCGGGAACAAACUUGUCACAGUGACGACGAGUGUGGGAACUGGAACCCGGUCAUUGCUGGGCCUGGACUUGGGGGAGCUGCAAGGUGGCCCAGAGUCGAGCUCUGACCCUGGGGUGCACGCGAGACAGACCAAGGAGGCACCGGCCAAGCUGGAGUCCCAGGCUGGGCAGCAGACGUCGCGCGGGGUCCGGGACCGGGUCCGCUCCAUGUCAGGGGGCCAUGGGCUUCGAGUUGGCACCCUGGACGUGCCAGCAUCCCACGUCCCAGGUGGUCCUACUCCUCCGGGACCACAGACUACACCGGCCACGAAGCCUGAGAAGGUCUCAGCGGGUGCCCGGAUUCCAGCGCAGGAGAAGUCGAACUUGGCAGCCUAUGUGCCCCUGCUGACUCAGGGCUGGGCAGAAAUUCUGGUCCGGAGACCCACAGGGAACACCAGCUGGCUGAUGAGCCUGGAGAACCCACUCAGCCCCUUCUCCUCGGACAUCAACAACAUGCCCCUGCAGGAGCUGUCCAAUGCCCUCAUGGCAGCCGAGCGCUUCAAGGAGCACCGGGACACGGCCCUGUACAAGUCGCUGUCAGUGCCAGCAGCCAGCACGGCCAAGCCCCCUUCUCUGCCACGCUCUAACACAGACUCAGCUGUGGUCAUGGAGGAGGGAAGUCCAGGCGAGGCUUAUGUGCCAGGGGAGCCCCCUGAGCUGGUAGACUUCGAGGUGGCGCUAAGCACAGACUCGCGCUGUCGGAGCACUGCCGCUUACAGCAGGUCGUCAUCAACCUCCAGCCAGGAGGAGAAGUCGUUCCGCGCAGAGGAUCUGGCUACCGGGGGGAUCCCCAUCGAGCGGGCUGUCUCCUCUGAGGGUGGCCGGCCCUCGGUGGACCUUACCUUCCAGCCCUCACAGCCCCUGAGCAAGUCCAGCUCCUCCCCUGAGCUGCAGACCCUGCAGGACAUCCUCGGGGACCUUGAGGACAAGGCUGACGUUGGCCAGCUGAGCCCCGAGGCCAAGGCCCGGUCCCAGUCAGGGAUCCUGGACAGGGAAGGUGCCUGGACAUCCCCGGGCGAAGAGAGCCGGGGCCUGGGCCCAGCCCAGCCCGAGGGCCCCUUGCCUUCCAGCUCUCCCCGCUCACCCAGUGGGCUCCGGCCGCGAGGUUACACCAUCUCCGAUUCAGCCCCGUCACGUCGGGGCAAGAGGGUGGAGAGGGAUGCCUUCAAGAGCAGAGCUGCAGCCUCCAAUGCAGAGAAAGUGCCAGGCAUCAACCCCAGCUUCGUGUUCCUGCAGCUCUACCAUUCUCCUUUCUUUGGUGACGAGUCCAACAAGCCAAUCCUGUUGCCCAACGAGUCCUUCGAGCGAUCUGUGCAGCUCCUCGACCAGAUCCCGUCAUAUGACCACACACAAGCUCGCGUCCUGUACGUGGGCGAAGGCCAGAGCAACAGCGAGCUCGCCAUCCUGUCCAACGAGCACGGCUCCUACAGGUACACGGAGUUUCUGACCGGCCUGGGCAAGCUCAUCGAACUUAAGGACUGUCAGCCAGACAAGGUGUACCUCGGCGGCCUGGAUGUGUGUGGCGAGGAUGGCCAGUUCACCUACUGCUGGCACGAUGACAUCAUGCAAGCCGUCUUCCACAUUGCCACCCUGAUGCCCACCAAGGACGGGGACAAGCACCGCUGUGACAAGAAGCGCCACCUGGGCAACGACUUCGUGUCCAUCGUCUACAACGACUCUGGGGAGGACUUCCAGCUCGGCACUAUAAAGGGCCAGUUCAACUUUGUCCACGUGAUCAUCACCCCAUUGGACUACGAGUGCAACUUGGUGUCACUGCAGUGCAGGAAAGACAUGGAGGGCCUUGUGGACACCAGUGUGGCCAAGAUUGUGUCUGACCGCAACCUUCCCUUCGUGGCCCGUCAGAUGGCCCUGCAUGCCAAUAUGGCCUCACAGGUGCAUCACAGCCGCUCCAACCCCACUGACAUCUACCCCUCCAAAUGGAUUGCCCGGCUCCGCCACAUCAAGCGCCUCCGCCAGCGGGUAGGGGACAGGGCUCCCCCAGGGACAUGCAGUUGCUAA